UGUAACUAUAUUACAUAAAUAUAAAAAGGGGAACAAUAAGCACGGGUGGGUGUGCAGAUAAUACAGGAAAGGAAGCAGUCACUCAGAUGAUACAUUUGCAGAAGAGUCUGCGUUGUUGCCGUUGUUGUAUAGCAGCAGUAAGUUUGGUUUAACCUUUCCACUUUCUCUGGUUUAUAAGAGAUGAAGCUCGGAUUGGUCCUGUUCUUGUAUGUUUGGGCAGCUGUUCCCAAUGGUAAUCAGGCGAAGAUCCAACUGGAGGCGGACCAGCCAUUUCAAAAUGUGCCUGUGUCACAACAAGCCGUAAUCAAAUGCUGCUACCGUUGUGAAGAAGACCCUCAUUUCACCUGGAUCAUGAAUGUUCACAUCAUCAACGGAACCACAUCAUCACAAACUGUAAAUUUCUCAGACAAAGUGAAGGCUGAGACAAAGAGUCAAGCAAAUGGAGUCAAAUGCCAUGAGUUGACUCUCCAGAAUGUCCAAAUCGAAGAUUCUGGCCUUUACCAGUGUUACCUCAAUCUUACCACUCAUCGCUUUGCCAUUUUUACACAUGGCACCUUUCUUCAUGUCUACAAGCCUUUGCAAAAGACCUUGAACCUCAGCGAGAGUGUGAAGAACAGCAUCAUUACAGCAGAGGGGGUUUUACUGCUACUGUGUGUGCUGAUCCCUGGCACCAUGCUCCUUUGUAAGUCAAAGAGGUUGAAAGAACUGGACAGGAAGAAAGGAAGGGAGGAAGAAAAUAUCUAUGAGGGUCUUAACUUGGAUGACUGCAAUUCCACUUACCAUCAAAUCCAACGCUCCCAUGUGCAAGGCCCAUAUCAAGAUGUGGCCAACUGUGGAAAUGACAUUCAGCUGGAGAAGCCCUAACUGAGAUGGAGAGAAAGGGGAAUGUGAUCAUAUUAAAUAUAAUCUAAUACAUGGAGAGAAGGGGAUAAAGAUUAGAUGGAUCAGAUGGAAGUCCUAUAGAGGGUCAUUAGUUCAUUGUGGUUGAAUAUAUUUAAAGUGGGACACUGAUCAUUUGUCAUAAGUGUUUUUAAAUACUAUACAAUUAGCUUCAUCAAUGUCAUUUCACUCUAGUGCAGGAUAAACAUAAUGCUGAUUUGUAGUAGGCUAAUGUACUUUCCGUAUACGCAUAAAGAUGAUUAAGUUAAUUUUUUAACAGUCAAAUUUGUAAUUUUUGCAUUUUUAACCUAUGUCUUUCUGGAUAAUUGUUAUAAAAACAAAUGUAUAAAUUAUAAAAUAAGUUUUGUGGUACUAAUUUUGGGUGUUGUAUGAUCUCACAUUUUAAUUGUCCUCCUUAAACUAAUUGUUCAAAACAUAUAAACAAGAUGGCUUUUUGCAGACGUUCUAUACAAUUCCAAUGGUUUACAUAUAACUGUAAUACUUAUGUUUUUAUUACUAUUUUAUUUUUAGUUAUUGUUAUGAUUAUUGUUUUGCCUUUUACGUGCCACAAAUGCGUCACUUGACAAAAUAAAAU